UUCUUUUCGUUCCGGAUAUACAGACGCAAACAUGGCAGCCGAGGGAGAUGUGGAUUUGGACCUGGAAGCCGAGGAAAAUUGCACUGGAAAACCAGCAGAGAAGCCUAGAAAACAUGAUAGCGGGGCCGCUGAUUUGGAGAGGGUCACCGACUAUGCGGAAGAAAAGGAAAUAUCUAGCUCAGAUUUAGAAACGGCAAUGUCAGUAAUUGGAGACAGGAGAUCUCGAGAACAGAAAGCCAAACAAGAGAGAGAAAGGGAGCUGGCCAAAGUCACCAUCAAGAGAGAAGACGUAGAACUCAUUAUGGGAGAGAUGGAGAUUUCCAGGGGUGUGGCAGAACGCAGUCUGAGAGAACACAUGGGCAACGUGGUGGAAGCCUUAAUUGCACUGACAAACUGAACUGUCUGCUUGACUCUGGAUGUUUUCCUCAGAGAAGCAGCUGUUAUACGCUGGACUGCUUCUUAAGAGUAUCCUGACUGGCAGUUGCAUUCCCUGGCCCUGGUCUUACCUUUGAUCAAUUAUCAUUUUCAAGUUUUUUAUAUACUUAAAAGGAUGCUUAAGUCAGUUCAUUUCUUGCAAGUAUUUCAUUACAAUUGUUGAAUAAAAUCAAUUGCCACAGUU